AUGUCUAACGCUCUUAUGCAGCAAUUUGUUUCUGGUUUAAAAUCUCGUCAUGCCGAUGUUCGCAUGAAAACUGCCAAAGACCUAUAUUUGUACGUAAAAACAGAAUUGCGAGAAGUUUCUCCGGAGGAACUUACAGCUUUUAUGGAUGAAUUCAACCGGCAUAUAUUCGAAAUGGUCUCGGGAUCUGACGUUAAUGAAAAAAAAGGCGGUAUAUUGGCAAUUGAAUGCAUUAUUGGUGUAGAUAUUGGAAAUACGAGUACUAGAAUUUCCCGAUUCAUGAAUUAUUUAAGAAAUUUACUUCCAUCCAACGAUGUAGGAGUAAUGGAGCUUGCAGCGCGAACCGUUGGAAAACUAGCUUUGGUAUCCGGCACUUGUACAGCGGAAUAUGUUGAAUUUGAAGUUAAAAGAGCUUUUGAAUGGUUAGGAAGUGAGAGGCAUGAAAAUAAAAGACAUGCUGCUGUUUUAGUUUUAAAAGAAUUGGCCAUAUCAAUGCCUACAUAUUUUUUUCAACAAGUUCAAUUGUUUUUUGACUUAAUAUUUAAUGCAAUAAGAGAUCCAAAAGCUGUCAUUAGAGAAGCAGGUGUUGAUGCUCUUAGAGCUGCUUUGGUAGUAAUAGCUCAAAGAGAAACAACUAAACAAGCACAAAGACCACAAUGGUACAAGCAGUGUUUUGAUGAGGCUAAACAAGGAUUGGAAGAUGUAUAUGUCAGAGAAAAGGGAUUCAACAGAGAUGAUAGAGUUCAUGGAGCAUUACUGGUACUUAAUGAGCUUCUUAGGUGUGCAAAUAAUAAAUGGGAAAGACUACAAGAAGAGCUCAAUUCUAAAUUGUUUAACCCAACAUCCAAAACUAAUCAUCAAACAGAAGGAAUGAAUUUGUUACCAAGAUUAAAGUAUCCUUUAGGUCGAAAUCAAAAAAGUAUGGCAUUGGUAAUAUCCGGUUCUAAUCACAACCAAAUUAUGUGUGAAAGUUCUGCUUGUAAGCAACUUGUAUCUGAAAAAAUGGAUGAAAUUUGUACUGAAGCUUUAGCUCAAAGACUAUCUAGGAGUCCUUAUGUACAACAAGCUCUUUUAGCCUUAUUGCCAAGAUUAGCUGCUUUCAACAAAGACAAAUUUGUUUCCAUGCAUCUUCAUGGUAGUAUGAGUUAUCUACUGGCUAGCUUGCGAGGUCGUGAAAAAGAAAGAGCAUUGUCUUUUACAACGAUCGGACUGGUGGCUGUUGCUAUUCAGGACGGUAUUCGGCCGUAUUUGCCUAAAAUAAUGGAGUUCUUGAAAGUAUCUUUGCCUGUUUCUAAAGAUAUUACAACUAAAAAAAGAGGACCCCCUGGACCUGAACCAGGCGUUUUGGUUUGUAUUACGCUGUUAGGCCAUGCCGUUCCUAAUUUGGUUAAAGAUGAUGUUAGAGAUCUUUUAGAAGCUAUGUUGGCUACUGGAUUAAGCCCCGGUUUAACAACGGCUCUGAGAGAACUUGCCGCAACUGUGCCACAACUAAAGAGAGAUAUAUCUGAAGGCCUUUUAAAAAUGCUUUCUCAAGUGUUAAUGCACAAACCUUUGCGACAUCCAGGAACUCCUAGACACGCCUUAAUGGGUCCCAGCCCACCUCAGGGAAAUUUCUUUUACUUUCAAAUGUUCAGUGAUCCUCAAGAUACAGCUAGUACAACUCUAGCCUUACGGACUUUGGGAAGUUUUAAUUUUGAAGGUCACAGCAUGCUGCAAUUUGUAAGGCGAUGCGCUGAUCACUUUUUGACCAGUGAUUUGCAAGAAGUUCGUCUUGAAACAGUUAGAACAUGCAGUCGGCUUUUGAGAUUAGCAUUACAGGGAAGAAGAUCCGAAACCGUUAAUUCAACAGUUGCAGACGUUUUGUCCAAGUUAUUGACCGUAGGGAUAACGGAUACGGAUCCGGAAGUUCGGUAUUGGGUGUUAGAAUCAUUAGAUUCCAGUUUCGAUCAACAUCUUGCGCAAGCAGAAAAUAUCAGUGCGUUAUUAGUUGCCAUGAACGAUGAAAUAUUUGAAAUUAGAGAAUUAGCCGUGAGCACAAUUGGAAGACUUAGUACUCUUAAUCCGGCUUAUGUGAUGCCAUCUUUAAGAAAAACAUUAAUUCAAUUUCUCACCGAGUUAGAGCAUAGUGGUAUGGGAAGGAAUAAAGAACAAAGUGCUAGAAUGCUUGAUAAAUUAAUUGUAAGCUCUCCGAGACUGGUUAGACCGUAUAUGGAGCCAAUUUUAAAAAUAUUGGUGCCUAAGCUCCGUGAAGCAGAACCGAAUCCAGCGGUGGUUGUUCAUAUUUUAACAGCUAUUGGAGAUUUAUCUGAGGUUAAUGGUGCAGCCAUGAGAUCAUGGGCUGAUGAAUUGCUUCCUAUUCUGUUAGAACUUUUGGGGGAUAGCAGUUCUCCUGAAAGACGAGGCGUUGCUUUAUGGUGUCUUGGACAGUUAGUCGGUGCAGCCGGUUUAGUCGUUACACCCUACCACAAAUAUCCAACUUUACUAGAUGUAUUAAUCAACUUUUUAAAAACUGAACAACAACCAGCCAUUCGGAGAGAGACGAUUCGUGUUUUGGGACUAUUAGGUGCACUUGAUCCUUAUCGUCAUAAAUUAAAUCAAGGACAAAUCGACUCGCAAGCUCAUUCGACUUCUUUUUUUGCAAACAAAGAUUUAAAAAAUGAGGAAUCAAAUUUAGAGCUGAAUACAAGUGAAAUGCUAGUUAAUUCUAGUGCGGCAACAUUGGAAGAAUUUUAUCCAGCAGCUGCGGUAACCACUCUAAUGCGAAUUAUCAGAGAUCCCACGUUGGCUCAACAUCAUACAAUGGUUGUUCAGGCUGUAACUUUCAUUUUUAACUCUCUUGGAAUUAAAUGCGUGCCCUACAUCGGUCAAGUUAUGCCAAGUUUACUACAUGUAAUCCGAAAUUCAGAUGUUGGGUUUAAAGAAUUUUUACUUCAAAGAUUGGGCGAUUUGAUUUCAAUCGUAAAACAACACAUUCGAAAUUAUUUGGACGAUCUAUUUCUCCUGAUAAAGGAAUUUUGGACACCGAAUAGUCCGUUACAGGGAACUUUAAUAUCCUUGGUUGAGGCGAUUGCCAUUGCUUUAGGAGCAGAAUUUAAAGUUUAUUUACCUCAAUUAUUACCACAAAUUUUACGAGUUUUAACUCAUGACACUAGUAAAGAUCGUCUUGUUACAAUGAAAUUGUUAAGUUGUUUGGAAAACUUGGGAAGUAACUUGGAUGAUUACCUCCAUUUAAUUUUACCACCAGUAGUCCGAUUAUUCGACGCCCGGGAUUGUCCCAGUGCAGUUUGCAAGCACGCUUUUGAAACGGUUGACCGUCUAGCUGAAAUAUUAGAUUUUUCAGACUUCGCUUCUAGAAUAAUUCAUCCUUUAGCAAGAGCGUUAGACACAAGUCCAGAGCUCAGGCAAGUGGCCAUAGACACACUUUGUGCUCUUGUCACCCAAUUGGGCAAAAAAAAAUAUUCCAUAUUUGAGCCAUUAAUUCACAAGGUUAUGACUAAACAUAAAAUUCAAUCACCAAGAUAUGAAAUGGUUUGGUCAAAUGUUCAAAACGAUAAAAUCAGUGAGGAUGGCGAAAUAGAUUUAAAUUUUUAUAAAAGUACUUUACCUAGAAAUAGAAAUAAAGGAUCCGAUCCAAGCCAAUCGGAUUCUACUACUUUUAAAAGGUUACACGUUUCAGCAGUUAAUUUGCAAAGAGCAUGGACGGCGAGUAGAAGAGUUUCAAAAGAUGAUUGGUUAGAAUGGUUGCGAAGAUUAAGUAUUGAAUUAUUAAAAGAAUCUCCUUCUCCUGCCUUAAAAUCUUGUUGGGCGUUAGCACAAACAUAUUCUCAACUUCCUCGAGACCUUUUCAAUGCUGCAUUUGUUUCUUGUUGGACUGAAUUAAAUGAUUCUUUACAAAAAGAAUUAAUUCAAAGUUUAGAACAAGCAUUACUCGUUCCAGAUCUACCAGAAUUAACUCAGACCAUACUUAACCUCGCCGAAUUUAUGGAUCAUUGUGAUAAUAAGGCUUUGCCUAUCGACCCUAUUUUGCUCGGGGAACGUGCCAUGCAUUGUCGAGCCUAUGCAAAAGCUUUGCACUAUAAAGAAGAAGAAUUUCAUAGGCAAAAAACUCCCAAUACUCAAAUUUAUGAAGCUUUGAUUUCAAUUAACAAUAAACUUCAACAAAAAGAAGCAGCCGUCGGGCUGCUGGAACAUAUAUUAAGUAUUCAAGGAGCAGGGGAACCUCUCAGAGAUCAAGAAAUAUGGUAUGAAAAAUUACACAAUUGGGAAAAAGCAAAAGCAGCUUAUCAGGAAAGAUUAGAUGAAAAUCCACACGAUGUUGAAUUUACUUUGGGACAAAUGAGAUGCAUGGAAGCUCUUGGAGAAUGGGAUCAAUUGCACGAUGUAGCAAAUAAGCACUGGUCUAAUUGGAAUGAUGAAGGACGCCAAAGAAUGUCAAGAAUGGCUGCAGCAGCUGCUUGGGGUCUUGGUAAAUGGGAUUCGAUGGAGCAAUACGUUAGUUGUAUCCCUCAAGAUUCACAGGAUGGAGCUUUUUUUAGGGCUGUCUUGGCUGUUCAUAGAGAGCAUUUUGCCGUAGCUCAACAAUUUAUUGAUUCAGCUCGAGAUUUAGUUGAUACAGAACUUUCAGCAUUAGCUGGAGAAAGUUAUCAACGUGCUUACGGAGCUAUGGUUCAAGUACAAAUGUUGGCAGAGCUGGAAGAAGUAGUUCAAUAUAAACUUGUGCCUGAAAGAAGACCUAUUAUUAGACAAAUAUGGUGGGAAAGGCUUUCUGGCUGCCAAAGAGUUGUAGAAGAUUGGCAAAAAAUUAUUCAAGUUCGUACUCUAGUAAUAAGUCCUCAAGAAGAUGUACAUACCUGGCUCAAAUAUGCUUCUCUAUGUCGAAAAGCUAAUCGUCUGAUGCUGUCGCAUAAAACACUAGUAAUGCUUUUGGGAAAAGAUCCUUCUGGAGAUCUGGAUGCUGUACUUCCUACUCAAAAUCCAAAUGUUACUUUUGCAUACACAAAACAUAUGUGGGUGGCAGGAUGUAGGGAGCAAGCCUAUAAUCAAUUGUAUCGACUGGUUCACUCCUGUUUAAGACCACAAAUUCAACAAUGUAACAAAGAAAUGGAUGAGCAAAAAAGACUUUUAGCAAGAUGUUACUUGAAGCUCGGUGAAUGGCAAGAAGCGUUGCAAGGCGUAAAUGAAAAAAGUAUUGCUGCAGUUUUGCUGUGUUAUGCAGCUGCUGCAGAUCACGAUCCUCAAUGGUAUAAAGCGUGGCAUGCUUGGGCUUAUAUGAAUUUUGAAACCGUUUUAUUUUAUAAACAUCAGCAUCAAGACGGUUCGGGUGAACAGAAAUCAGGAACUUUAAAAAAUACCGAGGGAAGAGAGGCAUUUAUAUACAAAUUUGCUGCUCCUGCUGUUGAAGGAUUCGUAAGAUCUAUAUCUUUAUCAAAAGGUAGCUCUUUACAGGAUACACUUCGAUUAUUGACGCUAUGGUUUGAUUAUGGACAAUACACAGAUGUUUAUGAUGCCAUUGUCAGUGGACUAAAUAUAAUUGAAAUUGAUACCUGGUUACAAGUCAUACCUCAACUCAUAGCUCGAAUAGAUACUCCUAGAGCUUUAGUUAGCAUGUUAAUUCAUCAGUUACUAAUAGACAUCGGCAAAAAUCAUCCUCAAGCUUUAGUGUAUCCGUUAACUGUUGCUAAUAAAUCUGCCAGCUCGUUUCGCCGAACAGCAGCAAACAAAAUUUUAAAGUCAAUGUGUGAGCAUAGUCCUGUUUUGGUACAGCAAGCUGUCAUGGUUUCUGAUGAACUUAUUCGUGUAGCAAUUUUGUGGCAUGAACUUUGGCAUCAGGGUUUGGAGGAAGCUAGUCGGUUAUAUUUUGGAGAAAGAAAUGUUAAGGGAAUGUUGGAUACGUUAGAACCUCUUCACGCAAUGCUUGAAAGAGGUCCACAAACUCUUAAGGAGACUUCUUUUAAUCAGACUUACGGUAGAGAUCUUACGGUUGCUCAAGAGUGGUGUCAUAGGUAUAAGCAAUCGGGAAAUGUUCGAGAUUUGAAUCAAGCUUGGGAUUUAUACUAUCACGUUUUUCGUCGUAUUGCGAGACAAUUACCUCAAUUGACCAGUUUAGAAUUGCAAUAUGUGAGUCCUAAAUUACUUUUAUGUCGAGACUUGGAAUUGGCUGUACCCGGAAGUUAUGCACCAGGUCAACCUAUUGUCAGAAUAACUCAUAUUCAACCGGCUUUACAAGUAAUCAGUUCCAAACAACGUCCCAGAAAAUUAGGAAUUAAAGGAAGCAACGGAGCAGAUUACAUGUUCCUUUUAAAAGGUCACGAAGAUCUUCGACAAGACGAAAGAGUUAUGCAAUUGUUUGGCCUCGUAAACACUUUACUUCUUCAUGAUUCCGAUACAUUUCGCCGAAAUUUGACAAUCCAGAGGUACGCAGUUAUUCCUCUUUCAACGAAUAGCGGUCUCAUCGGUUGGGUCCCUCAUUGCGAUACAUUACAUACACUUAUACGAGACUACAGGGAAAAGAAAAAAAUUUUACUUAAUAUUGAAUACCGAAUAAUGCUUAGAAUGGCUCCCGACUACGAUCAUUUAACUUUAAUGCAAAAAGUUGAAGUUUUUGAACAUGCUUUAGAAACUACUCAAGGAGAUGAUUUGGCUCGAUUAUUAUGGCUAAAAUCCCCUUCGUCUGAAUUAUGGUUUGAUAGAAGAACAAAUUAUACUAGAUCUCUUGCCGUAAUGUCAAUGGUUGGUUACAUUCUCGGUUUAGGAGAUCGACAUCCUUCUAAUCUUAUGCUGGAUAGAUUAAGUGGUAAAAUUUUGCAUAUUGAUUUUGGGGAUUGCUUUGAAGUCGCCAUGACAAGGGAAAAAUUUCCAGAAAAAAUUCCAUUUAGAUUAACAAGAAUGUUAAUUAACGCAAUGGAAGUUACGGGAAUCGAAGGAACGUACAGGAAAACAUGCGAAUCCGUCAUGUCCGUUUUAAGACAUAAUAAGGACAGUUUAAUGGCUGUCCUAGAAGCAUUCGUUUACGAUCCUCUUCUUAAUUGGAGAUUAAUGGAAUCAACUCCAAAAACGAAAAGAUCAAAACAAACGACGGAUUCAUCCAUAAGUUCUUCAGCUCAGGAAGGUGAUGGAAUGGAUGGUACAGAUUCAUUGGCUCCUUCAUUGCCUAAAAAAGGAGCUCCAACUACCUCCAGCCAAGAUAAUGGUGAUAAAAAUCAACCUGAAGCAUUAAAUAAAAAAGCUUUGGCCAUUGUGACUAGAGUAAGGGAUAAGUUAACUGGUCGAGAUUUUUGUUCUGAAGAAACUUUAGAAGUUCCCAAGCAAGUUAGUUUUCUCAUUUACGAAGCAACAUCAAAUGAAAAUCUCUGUCAGUGCUAUAUCGGAUGGUAA